GUCCAUCGGCGGGCUCCGCACAGCCUUUAGCUGGUUUUUACUCAACUCCUGUCCUGAUAUCACUCCGCUGGCAUGGUGGAGAAGCGGACCUGAUUAUUGUGAUGGUGGCAGGCGGCAGUCAGUGACUACAGACUUCCGCCACUGCUUCUCAUAUCCGCGUUUUACGCCGUCUGGGCCACUCUAGUUGCCUCACAACCGGACUACCGAGGGCGCCUGUGCUCUUUCCCUAAGUCUGCGACAUCUUCCCCGGGAUUUCUUUCAAACCCAAACCAUAUGAGAUGCAAGUUCACUGGGACACUUCGGAGCCUGUUCGGUUUAGGCAGAAAAACUUUUUCUCAAAGGACAACACUGUAGAGGUGCGAGUGGACUGUUGCUGCUGCUGCUCCUUGUCGGGACGGUUUGUUUGUCUAUGAAGGCUGGCUGCCUGCUAACCUUUAUACAUUCCCUUUAUUAUUUUUUCCAGAAGAGUUAUUAUUCUAAACAGCGUGGCAGCCGCCGUAUUGUUGAAUUCAGUUUGGGGCUUGUUUGGCUCUCGUUCUGCCUGCGUGUUGUUUGUAUUUUCAGGCGGUUUGUUUAAUGUCGGGGAAAGGAGGAGAAGAGGUCGGUCGCGAUUCCUUGUAGGUGUAUAACAACUAGUCUCGCAGCCCUUUAAACCUCCCCAGUUGUCUCCCGCUUCAGCGGCUAUUGUCGCCAGUCGCCCGGCUGUUUUUGGAACUUUCGCUGCGGAGGACACACACAGAGAGAGGACACUAGGUGGUGGACGUGGAGGUGGCCGGAGGAAGAAGACGAGGUGGCGGCGGUGGCGGUUGGCUUGACUGGGAGAAAAGUUCUUCCAAAAUAGCAGCCACUCAGUGCAGUGAUGGGGGACUUCGCCUCCCCCGCUGCCGGACCCAACGGCAGUAUCUGCAUCAACAACAACAUGAACCCGGCCAGCGGGAGCGUGGUGCCCGCCGGAGCGGUGGGGAUACCUAAGCACAGCACCGUGGUGGAGAGGCUGAGGCAGCGGAUAGAGGGCUGCCGGAGACACCAUGUAAACUGCGAGAACAGGUAUCAGCAAGCCCACGCCGAGCUUCUGGAGAUAGAGCGGAGGGAGACCGUCAGCCUGUACCAGCGGAGUCUGGAGCAAAGGGCCAAGAAGUCCGCCGGUGGCAGCAGCAAACAGCCGCAAAGCAAGCAGCCGGAUGCGGACCCAGCGUCUUCCACGGAGCAGAGAAAUAACACGCUCAUAGCGCUCCAGGAGACUGUAAAGAGGAAGCUGGAUAGUGCACGAUCACCCUUGAAUGGAGACCAGAAUGGCAUCGGUGAUGGAGGCAGCUACUCGCCGACUACCAAACGGGUACGGAAGGAGGGCUCCGGUGGUUUGGAUUCACUAACAGGCCUCCCUAACAACAACAGCAGCAAUGUGCCGCCCAUCUCUCCACUGCAUCACCAAAUGGACAUUAAACCCUUACUCAGUGGGCCCAACACUUCUACUGGGAAUAACACUACAAACAGCAAUGGCACCCAUUCGGGCCGGGCGUCAGAUGAGCUCGGGAAGAACGGUGGCAGCCAUGUCCCAGACAUGAAGCUGAAUGGUUCACUGGACUUGGAGGACAGCUUCGGCCUCCUCAAAGAACUGAAACAGGAGCCACUGGAUGAUGGGGGAGGGAUGGAGUCCUCUGAUUCCCAGUCUCUGUCCAAUCAGAACAAACUGUUCUCUGACAUCAACCUCAAUGACCAGGAGUGGCAGGAGCUGAUCGAUGAGCUGGCUAACACUGUGCCAGAGGACGAUAUGCACGACCUCUUUAAUGAGGACUUUGAGGACAAGAAGGAGGCAGACUUCGGAAGACCGGCAAACAAUCAGACACCAGGCCCACAGGAAGCAGCUGGGAAUACGACGGCGACUGGAGCGGGUGCACCGUCGACUGCUCUGCCUCCUCCUCCUCAGCCCCCACAGGGAGUACCACAGGUUCCCAUUGGUUCACCACAGGUGCGACCAUCAUCAUCAGGCCCUCAGUUUGCAACCACUGCCAAUGGAACCCCUCCUCAGCAACCUCUCCAGCAGUCUCCAGCCGUUGCUAUGGCAUCAGGUUCACCAUUGCACAACUGUGUUGCUCGCUCCCCUCAGACUCCAACCCAGGCUCAGACACAAUCAGUGCCCAGGCCAGGGAAUGGAUACAUGAUGAACCCAGGUCCAGGCGUCAGUCAGGCGGGGACCGGACCUGCAGCAGCGGGGGUCACCUCUGGGGGUCAGCCUGUAGGGCCAGUGACACCUGAACUUUCUCCAGCGGAGCAGCUUAAAGCAAUGGCCCAGCAACAUGCUAAACUACUGCAGCAGAAGCAGCAACAAGCAGCUAACUGGUCCCCAGCAGGGGCCCCAACUAGUCCCUAUAACUCUGGUCCUUUCAACCCAGACAAACCCAACAGCCCAAUGAUGUACCCACCUCAAGCCUUUAACACACCACAGGGCCCUCUAGUGGCUGGGAUGACGCCCAACAAUGGGCCUAAAGCCCCCAUGAACAACUACCUCCCUCACAACCACAUGGGCAUGAUGGGUCAACAACAGCCAAACAGCAUAAACCAGAACACCCUGUCCAAACAGCAGCAGCAGCAGCAAACAGCCGCCAUGUUGUCGUACAACAACACCAAACCGCUGACUCACUUCAGCGGCAGUGGGGUGGAUCACAUGGGCCAGAGGAUGACUCCGCCCAUGGGAGGAAAUAAUCAGGUUAAGAACCCCAUGAUGCCGCCUUACAUGGGCGGUGCAGGAGGCGGUGGCCAAGGGGCGGGGCCGGGCCAGACGCAGGGGCCAAUCCCAGGGCAGACGGCACACCUGAGUGAAGAGCAGAAGAGGAUGAUGAUGAUGAAGCAGAAAGCAUUGAACCAGAACAUGCCGUAUAGCACCAUGCAGCCUCACGGACAGGAACAAGGCAUGGUGGGAAUGUCACGACCACCUGGUGCCAUACCACCUCCUCACCCUGCUGGGGGUGUAUCCUCUGGUGUGGGGCCCAACCAGGGGUCAGGUCCACCUCCAGGCUACGUGGGCAACCAACAGCAGGCGGCCCUGAUGAAGCAGAUGAUGGCGAUGGAGCAGGAGAAGAGGGUGCAGAUGCAGAUGAUGGAGCAGCAGAAACAGCAGCUUUUUAGAGAGCAGAGACAACAGCAGCAGCAGCAACUACUGGCAAAACAGCUCCAGCAGCAGCAGCAGCAGCAGCAUCUUCCCAGACAGAUGGGCCAAGGCCAGAGGAACCCGUAUCCACAAGUCACUCAAUACCAAGGUCCUCCCCAGGAUAUCCCAUCCAGGAGCCAACCUCUCCAAAGCAUUCGGGCCACCCGUCUCCUACAGCAACAGCAGCACAGUCAGCAGCAAAUGGUCCAGAUGAGUUCUGUUCAGGGCCAGGGAGGCUCUGUUGGACCUCAACCCGAUAUGGGACUACCAUAUGGCACACAGGGGUCCAAUCAGAGUUCCCUGUAUGGGCUUAACCCCUCCAUGAGCCAAAUGAUCCACCAGCAGCAGCACCAGAGCCAAAGCGUUCAAGCAUCCAUGGGUCUUCCACCACAGCACAAUCCUGCCGGAGGUCCGCCUCGGCAGGCAGGUGCAGGUCCAGGGGUUGGAGGCAUGCCUGGAGGCCCUGGGGGUGGUGGAGCUGGAGGGUAUGGAGGACAAGGAAUGUUAAUGAACUCCAUGACCCAACAGACCCUCAAAGGCCCACCAAAUGCCAAAGUCCAAGCUCAGAGACUGCAAAACAUGCUGGGAGCCGGAGGAGGUGGAGGGGGUAUGGCAGCUGGCGGCUGGCCGCAGCAGCAAGGACAGAGUCUGCAGGCCAUGGGGGGAGGAGUCGGAAGGACUACAGGAGGAGGGGGUGGAGACAUGGUGGGGUUCAGUUCUGCCCAGGGCUACGGGAUGCAGCCGGGUCAGCCUCCACGCAUGGCCAAGCAACACUUUCCAGGCCCAGGACAGGCAAUGAGCCAGGGGAUGGACCCCAGGGUGGGCAACCCUGCUGCAGGUAUGGGUGGCCCAAUGAUGGGCCCUCACAUGGGUGGUCAGCCCAGGACCAACCAGCCCCGACCCAUGGUCAUGAACCAGGGUAUGAACCAGGGGGUGAUGGGCCAGGGCAUGUCUGGAAUGGGAGGGUUUGGACCAGGUCCUGGAGGGCCAGGAAUUGGGGCAGGUGGAGGAGGAGGUGGACCCUAUGGACCAGGGGUUGGAGGUCAGUCACAGGGCUACCAGAGGACAGCCAAUCAGGACAUGUCAUCCUAUGGAUAUGGGGGCGGGCCCUCAGGUGGGGGAGCCUUUGGUUUGGGUGAUGGCUCAGGUCCAGAGCUGGACUCAAGUGAUGGUUGGAUGGAAGAAUUUUUCCCAAGCCAAUAGCCGAUGGGGAAUAUUUUUUCGAAAGGAACCAAACAUUGCAGAAGGGCAAAUGUUAAAUCCUGAGAAAGUAAAACAGAGAAGAUGACACCAUGUGGACUGGCAUGUUUUCAUUUUUAAAACAUGACAAAGGUUACAAAUGACUUAUUGUGUUGUUUUAUGUGUAUGUAUGUGUGUGUGUGUGUGUGUGUGUGUGUGUGUGUGUGUGUGUGUGUGUGUGUGUGUGUGUGUGUGUGUGGUAUGUGUGUGUGUAUUUGAGAUGGAAAGAGCUCUCAUAUGUCUUGUGCAUAUUAAUGAAAAACCAAUAUAGAGAUUAAAAGGUAUGUUUCAUUAGUUUCACUUGUUUCUCCAGGGGAUGAAUUUUUCUCGUGUUCUAGUGUUUUUAAAAGCGAGCCCAUUUACACCGCAGCGUUUUGAGCUUGAGCUUCAGACGGGGCUGAUUGAAAACCACAGACUGAUGAAGAGGAAGGAAGACUUGUUCUCAAGACAGCAAUUUAUUUGUUGUGUGUUUGUGCCACCCAGCUCAGCGCUUCAGAUCUCUUAGCUAUGUGAGGAGCUAGAAGGGAGCAGAAAGCACUCUUGAUGCUCCCAUUUCCUGUCUCAGAUUUGUGCUCGCCAUAUAUAAACAACACACACACACACACAAAUCUCUCUCUAUCUUGAUCUCUCUCAAAGAGAUCCCAUCCUCCUGUCUCAUCCUCCCUCCGGAGACUCAUUCAUUGCUCUCAACACUUCUUUUCUCUGUUUAGAUUGUGCACAUCACCAUAGAACAAAUGAUUUUCCUCUAUUGUGCAACACAAGUGCACUCUACUGUCUCGUGUGUUUGCUAGGCGACCAACCUGGGUUGGCAUUUUUGGGAGGUGUUCGCGUGAAGGGGUUAAUUUGCAUUUUUGCAUCACUCUGGCUGAUAGGUGUGCAUGUAGAGGAAGACAAAGGGAAUGAAAAGCAGGAAGAUGGGGGACAGUAUAGGCAGCUAAAGCAAGCACUUGAACUAGAAACAGAAAAAAAUGGGAAAAAAAGCACCAACCAGAGAAGGUGUGCAGAUGUGUGUGAGGCAGCUAACGGGGCUAAUAUGACAUGAAACCUUCUGUCUGACACAAGCCACAUCACAUGCUUCAGAGUGACACCAAGCAAAGCGAUCGCUGGGCACUGAAUGUAUUCAAGCACCACAAGUGACUUCUUCUUUUUAAGGAAAUUAAUUGAAAGCCCAACUACUUUGUUUUUUUUUGUUGCUUCUUUUAUCUCAAGAAUAAUGCUGGUUGUGUCUUUGUCCAUUAAUGGAGAAAUAAAGGAAAAAAAAACAACUUUAAAUUAGCCUUUGAUUGGAUUGUGUUGUCUUAUGAAAGUCUUGUUUGUCCUCCUGUGGCAGCACAGCCUUCCCAUCCAUUGAUGGCUUCUCUUCUACCACAGCUCGCUCCAAACUGCAACUGUGCUAUACUGUAACACUACUGUGAAGAAAUACAAGUCGCCCCCCUCUUCCAGUGCUUUACUAGAAAAAUAAAUCAUUGCUAAGCCUUGAAUUUGUAGAAAAGCUUAAAACAGCUGAUUUGGCUUAAUGGGUGACGAUAAUAGUGCUUCCACUGAAGUCAGCGUCUCCCCUGUAUGAAACUAGGCUUCAUGCGUUAUGUCUUUCAUUCAUCUCUCUUUUACCCUGAUGUUUGAGUGAUUAAUGUGUCAAAAGAGUUUUAAAUACAGUCGAUCUUGUUGACAUCUUACAUCUUGAACUGUUUUAUAAUCUUGGGUCAAAGAUGGAUGACAGAGUGUCUGUAUUACUUUGUAUUUAGCUCAUCGGAGUGAGAGUUUUCGAGACGAUGAUGUAAUCAACAAAACCAAAAAGCCUUCUUCUCUUCAGACUAACUCCUCAUCAUCAUCUGCUGUCGGUGUUGUGUAAUCCAGCCCUUUAAAUAGAACUUUUUUACCACCACACGCGUCGUCCUGUAAGCUUUGCUGCAAUUUUAGCAGCACCUGCACAACAGGCUGUGUAUUUUUGCUUUUUGUCCGGUUUUCGGGAGGUUCUCUCACUGUGUAAAGUCUGAACAUCAAGGCCGAACAUGUGUGUAGCUGCCCCGAGUUUUGUUUCUUUUUUUUAAUCAAGGAAAGGUGGUCAAAUCAUUUAUACCCUGCAUUGCUGGAUAAAUCCUUGAUCUGUUGAGUCUGAUCUGCCCUCUGCAGAGAAAAACCUCCUCUGUUCACAGUCCCAGAGCUUCGGUGUAGUACCAGUGAAAUGGAGGCUGUACGUGGGAGAACACCUGAGGGGUUUACCACCCCCAAAAGUGGAGGCAAGAAGGUGUCGAAACACCUUUAUGUCCAUCUGUCUUUUAUAAACGUGAAGGUUUGAAAUCUCUUCAGGCAGAGAAAGAAAGCUUCCUCCAAAUAUCAUGUAUUGGGACCAAGUCUGUAGACAUUUUAACAACAAUUGUUAUUGAUGUUCUUUGUUUUAUUUCUUUUAUUUUUUUUAACUGGUGCUGACAUAUAUGUGAUUAUGAGAAAAAGUAUAUAAAAGAUAAUGGCUAUUUGUAAAUAUGUUUUUACAGGUUUAAAUACAUCAGAAAAUACAGUCUCUACUCUGUAAAGAAUUUACUGUUUGUUGGAAAAUAGAGAUGUAUUUUUAUUUUGAAGUUUUUUGGUUUCACUUUUAACCCAUCUGAGCUAUGCCAUUGCACUUCAGACAAUGUCUUACUACUAAUUUGUAUCGUAAACCUCCAAUCUGUUCUUGGGAUUUUUUUUGUUUUUCCUAAUUUGAGAUUUGACUCAGUUCUUAAGCAGUGCUUAUUUCUUUUUAUCCUGUACAGAAUACUGAAAUGUUAACAAAAGAGAAAUACAAGACUUUUUUUUCUUUGUUUGUUUUUCAAAAAGAUACAAUAAAGAGAGAUUGUUCUCGCUGAUCAUAUGAAACGUUUUUGUUGUUCAUUGGAUUCAUUUGCAUCAUCAAAAUCCCCCAAAACAGUAAACAUGUUUGCAUCAACAUAUAAAUGACAAAACCAAAUGUUAACUUAAUAAACUCGACCAUGAUUUCAGUAAA